GCCCAUUAUCAUGUGUUAUCUCCAUUGAGUAAAGGAUUAUUUAAAAGAUCUAUUCUGCAGAGUGGCACUGCUACCAUGAUUGGGUACUUCCAGUCCGAUGCAUCGAGAUCUAACAAGAUAGCACAUGGUCAGGGUAAACUUGUUGGAUGUGAGAAAGAGAACAGUAAAGAGCUUAUUAAAUGACUUCGCACUGCACCAGCCGAAGGGUUUAUAAAUUCAUCGGAUCCAGGAACGGGAGUCAUUGCAAAUGCUACCGGGCUUGCAGAUAUAUUUAUACCAUUCCCACCAACUAUGGAUGGUGUAUUUCUGACGAAAGACCCAAAAGAUGGAGGAAAUGUUUUCAAUGGCGAGGAAUUGAUAAUUGGCACUAUGGCUGACGAAGGAUUCAUGAUGUACUACAUGUUAUUUCCGGAUGAAGACAGCGAGUUAACUGUGAACAAGACUGUGUAUGAUGAAAUGUAUGCCAUGUAUAUUCCAGAUAAGAACCAAGCUGUUUUAGACGUAAUCAAACUAAUUUACAUAGACUGGGACCACGCUGAUGAGGAGAAUGCCAACUACCUCUCAGCGUUGAAUCACAUGGGAGGGGAUAUGAUAAUGGUUUGUCCCACUGACGUAGCUGCACGCGCUUUUUAUCGUGCCGGACUCAAUACGUAUUUAUACCAGAUGACACACGCACCGGCAAAGUCAAUCUGGCCUAUCAAAACUGGCAUGGCACUUCAUGGAGAUGACAUCCAGUUUGUCUUUGGUUACACUCUGCUAUCCGAGAUGCAGCUAGCUCUUGGUGGUGACGAGAAGACUUUGUUUAAGCAGACGCCAAAAAAAGAUGAUAUAAAUGUGUCCUUAAAGAUCAUGAAGUACUGGACCAAUUUUGCCAAAACUGGUAAUCCUAAUCGUAGUUCUGCAAGUGAUGAAGAUAACAACGAUGACUGGCCAUUGUUUACAGUGCCUGGUUUAGCGUAUAAACAACUCUCAUUAUCAAUGGAGAAUAGUAACGCAUUGAAAGCAAGAGAAUGUGCAUUCUGGAAUCAAUUUGAACCAAAGCUUCAGAAAUCUGGUGAAACUUGUGAGAGCAAAGAAGAAUCCAAAUACUCUGAAGAAGCAAACAAGCCUUAGAAUUAUCACCAUGCAAGAUUAACCCAACACUUUCAGAUUUAUAUAUAUAUAUAUGCGAAUAUCUACGUAGUGAGGGAAGUAUAACAAGUAAUUUUGAAGUGAUCGACCUGAUCAUUGUUGGCACUCAAAUUAAUUCCUGAAUUACAAGCAAAUAUUCUUCAGUUUUUCAUUUGAUUGUAAACUUUUUGUCAGUCAUUUUCUUUUUUCGUAAAUUUACAAUUGUGAUUGGACCUAUUGAUUGGAAGUGAUGUUAAUUAAGUAACACUGAAUACAUAUCAUAUA